UCCCGCCGUGGUGCGGUUCGGUUGAAGCAUCACCGCUUGUCCUGUGGUUAUACUGCCAAGCAGCUACGGUUAUUUUUUAUUUACAUGAACAGAAAAUCAUAAACGUUGCUUCUUGAGAACAAGUUGACCGAAAAAAGCACCCAAGCGCAGGCUGAACAUGGAGUCGUAUGAUAUUAUAGCGAACCAGCCGGUCGUGAUUGAUAAUGGGUCAGGGGUUAUCAAGGCUGGCUUUGCUGGAGAUCAGAUCCCUAAAUACUGUUUCCCGAAUUAUGUGGGGCGACCCAAGCAUGUUCGGGUGAUGGCUGGUGCCCUUGAGGGCGAUCUCUUCAUUGGACCCAAAGCUGAGGAGCACAGGGGGCUGCUGUCUGUCCGCUAUCCUAUGGAACACGGUAUUGUGAAGGACUGGAAUGACAUGGAGCGCAUCUGGCAGUACGUGUACUCAAAGGAACAGCUGCAGACCUUCUCAGAGGAGCAUCCUGUGCUGUUGACCGAAGCACCGCUGAACCCCAGUAAAAACCGUGAACGAGCUGCAGAGGUGUUCUUUGAGACCUUCAACGUGCCGGCGCUGUUCAUCUCAAUGCAGGCCGUGCUCAGUUUAUACGCCACAGGCCGAACCACAGGUGUGGUCCUGGAUGCUGGUGAUGGUGUGACACACGCUGUCCCCAUAUAUGAGGGAUUCGCAAUCCCACAUUCCAUCAUGCGCGUAGACAUCGCCGGACGUGACGUCUCCCGAUACCUCCGCCUCCUCCUGCGCAAGGAAGGCUACGAUUUCCACACUUCUGCAGAGUUUGAGGUUGUGCGCACCAUCAAGGAGAGAGCCUGCUACCUUUCCCUCAACCCCCAGAAGGAUGAAACUCUAGAAACUGAAAAAGCACAAUACACACUCCCCGAUGGAAGCACUCUAGAUAUCGGUCCAGCACGGUUCAGGGCCCCAGAGCUUCUCUUCAGGCCUGAUCUGAUUGGCGAUGAGAGCGAGGGUAUUCAUGAGGUGCUGGCCUUCGCCAUUCAGAAGUCAGACAUGGAUCUGCGGCGCACGCUCUUCUCUAACAUAGUGCUGUCUGGCGGCUCAACGCUCCUCAAAGGUUUUGGAGACCGGUUGUUAAGUGAAGUGAAGAAACUUGCACCCAAAGACGUAAAAAUUAAGAUAUCUGCACCACAGGAGAGACUUUAUUCAACAUGGAUAGGGGGAUCUAUCCUGGCUUCACUCGACACCUUUAAGAAAAUGUGGGUCUCCAAGAAGGAAUACGAGGAAGAUCGCGCCCGUGCCAUCCACCGGAAAACAUUUUAAUGGGGUUUAAGGCCAUCUCUGCGCUUUCACAUCCCUCUCCUCUCUCGCUUGGCCUCCCUCUGUUACCCUCCCUCCCUCCCCACCCGUCCUGACAGCAAACCUGCCGAGCCUCCCAUCCGCAGCUAAGGCAUGCCUUCUGUGUCCCCUGCCCAGCUCUUGUUCAGGACACCUGACGAGCAGCACUGGGGCAGAAUGCGACCAGGCAUCCCUUGCUCAUUCUGCACCCAUCAAACACAGGGCAUCAGUCAAUACUGUUAACUAUUGUUUCAUUUAAAGCCAAUACUUCAGUUCAGCACUUGGAUAUUUAUUACAGUUUACCCUGCCCUGUUUGAUAUUGUCAUAUCUAUUAUAAUGAAACAUGAAGGUGAUUGUUUUACUCUCUUGUAAGAAUUUCAUUCCAGAACUGAAGAGGUCGAUCAUUUUCUUUAAAUGCUACAGUUCUCAUCAUAGUAUUUUAAUUCUUAUUUGGCGGUGUAAUGAUGAGCGUAUACAAUAGAAAAAAAGCAUUGCUCACCACUACAAUUCACUGGAAUGGACACUACUGUGUUUACUGUCUGUGUCGCUCCCCUUGUCCUUUCGAGGAUGAAACCACUCUGUAGCUCAAGGGAACUAAAUAAUGUAUACUGAAAUACGAAGUACACAAUAGAUAGCUAGAUUUAUUGCUGCUUGAAAUGUCGACAAGUGUUAUUAUUAGUAUACAGUACAUUUAAACAUGGAAGCAUCCGUUUAUAAAAAAAGUGGCUUAAAGAAAGUUGUUUAAGUUUUUUUUUUUUUUUUUUUUUUUUUUUAUGUUGCUCUUAGAAUUAUGUUUGUCUGCUUUAAAUUGUAAAGCCUAAUUGUCACCGCUCAAAAAUAUACUUGAUGCGAACAUUAGCCCUUUCAAGUUAAGUUUUUCCUAUGAACAUUUCCCAUGAUUCUCAUAUUGAACCAGAGCUGUUGACUGAAGCUUUAAUUGAGUCGUCCAGUGAGUUUUAUGUGGCCAUGAGACAUCUCGUCGUUGUGGCACGAUUUCAAUGUCUAUUCAGAGUAUCCCCGAAUUCCAGAUUAUUGCAUGAAAUCAACAGAACUGACUGAGAUUGUGUGUUGUUUCAUUGUAAAUCUCAUCGAUGUGAAUAUCGAAGGCAGGGGGUGGCCGAAUGGAUUUAGAAGCUCUUCUGGCACUAGUAUUUCUGUAGUGUUUGUUGAAAGAGAGCUGCUCUCUAAUGGGAUGAUGAGGCAGCAGGGUUAUGUUUAAGUCCAGUUUGUCCAACCUAAGAUUUGCCUCACUCCAGUGCCGUCAUUGGGAAGUCAGACCAUCUUGGUUGUUUUUCUUUUUUUAAAGAUACAGAAAUAUCAUCAUAAGCCUUGUGUACAGUGGAUUGCUAUUCAAACUGUAAAAAAAAAAAACAUGACAAAAUGUACAAACCGGUUUCUUCAAUUGUUGCUUUUUCUUUUAAUUUUGUAAAUUAAAUAUGAUAAAUAAAUUAAUGCUGUCUGAAAUAA